AUGGCGCCGAGUAACAGAGGCUGGGCGAUGAUUGAGAUCGUCUCAGUCUUGGUUAGCCUUUGUUUGAUAUCGACUGCGUUGCGAGUGUUUGCUCGGUUGAGGAGGAGAGUUGGCUUUGGUAUCGAUGAUUACCUCAGUAUGGGGGCAAUGGUGCUGAUGAUUGGAAUGUUGAUCGAAUUGAUUCUUUGGUGUGCAAUUGGAGGCAAUGGAACCCACGUCACAGAACUGAGCCCUAAGACCCUCAUGAACUACUGGAAGAUCUUCCUCGCCAACCAAUUCACCUACUUCCUCUUAUGCCCAGCCAUAAAGAUAAGCAUAAUCUGCUUCUACCGCCGAGUCUUUACAACCCCCAAAUUCCAAAAAGCAUCCUUCGCCCUAAACACACUCAUAGCAGCCUGGGGCACAGGAAUCUUCCUAGCAUGCGCAGGGCAAUGUCGACCCCUCCGCGCCUACUGGGACAAAUCAAUCGAAGGAACUUGCUUCAACGCAAACGAAUUCAUAAUCGUCAACCAAGCCUUCAACAUCCUAAUGGACUUCGCCAUCCUCGUCCUGCCCAUCCCAAUGAUCUGGAACCUCCACCGCGCCUGGCAAGACAAGCUAGCCCUAAACGGCGUCUUCGCACUAGGCGCCUUCGUCUGCUUCGCUAGUAUCUACCGCAUUGUCGUCCUCUUCUGGAUUAGUCCGGACGAUCCCACUUACACGGUAUACCAAGCGACACUGUGGACGCACGUCGAACCGGCUGUUGGCUUAAUUUGUUCUAAUUUGCCUAUUAUUCGUGGUCUCUUCCCUGCGUUGAAGCUGAAGAGUUCGCGGAAUGGUACUGGGCCUGCGUAUAUCAAUACCGAUCAUACGAACUCUAUGUUCUUGUCGAAGGGGUCGCCUUGUUCGCCGGAUCUUGAAUAUAUGAAGAUGCAGGCGGGUGUUUAUAAUGCUCAGGUUGAGAGUCCGUCGCCUGGUUUCCUUGGGUCUGACCUUAGGCCGUUGAAUAUUAAUGUUCAGACGGAUAUUUCUAUCUCGCCUGACAAUGGCUCACAGACUACGCUUACUCGUUGA